UUUUCAGAUAAUGUCAUCGCCAUGUAAAUUAGACAUUAGGGAUUUGAUAUGUGAUGAAGAAAUAGAAUCGGUAAUAAAGGCGUCGCCUCAUAAUUUAUAUUUAACUCGACAUCCGAAUGUUCCUGAUAAUGUAGAAGUAACAACAACAACAACAACAACAGUAUUGUCUGGGCUGCAAAAUCCCGCAUUUGUUAAAGACACCGAUAAUUGUUCAGAUAGUGAUGCCAUGAAACGAUCCACAUCAACCGAAGAUAUAAAAGUUUCGGAAGAUGAUUUUAACGAAAUUAUCGCUCUGAGGCCGAUGGAUGGAAGAAGUACACAAUCAGAUAAUUUAGAAGAAGAUAAAGAGGAGAUCUGGAGUAACACAGAUGGACAACGACCAAACAAUUUUGUCGAAAUAAUGUCUAAAGUUGAUAAUCAAAAUAGGAAUCAUCUCGUUCCCGAAUCGACUUCCGUAUCUUAUCAACAGAAUCAUUGGGCCGAAACGAAUCGCGGUGCAUACAUAAGCCAAAGGAUUCAAGCAUUGACUCAUGCAUUCAGUUCGAGAGCUCAGAAAAUCAAAGAAAAAAUUAUACAGGCUCCAACCCCUUCUCCCAGUGAGUUUGGUCAUUAUUACUUUAUACAAUUNUACAUCCAUAAUUACAUUCGUGAGAUGUAA